AUGCCCUCCAAGGUAGCUGUCCGGGGCCUCCCUGCCGACACCGACACGGCAGACGUUACCAACGCGUUGAAGGAGCUGGGGUUCCCGGCUCGAUACGCUAGGUGCAUUCGGUCCAAGAGAGGGCGACCGGGCAGCGUGUUCCACGUUGCCCUGGAUCACCUCUCAAAGGAUGAACUCGCCCGCUUGUACUCAGUCAACGAACUGAUGUACUUGCCGGGGGACCACGCCGCCGUUGAUAGGCGGUGCCCGGUCUACCGCAAGAAGGCCAGGAUGAUGGGAGUAACCGUCCCUCCUCCGGUGCCACCGGUGCCACCGGUGCGUCGAUCCGGGAAUGCAGCUCCUUCCGCUGUAGCACCCACCUCGAAGGGGAAGGGGAAGGGGAAAGGGAAAUCUUCCCAGCCCCAACCUCCUCCCACGUCCUCAUUCAUCCCCCCUGCCGUCACAGUGGAGGCCGAACCAUCGGCGGCAACGCUGAUGGCUGAAGCCAACACUCCGCGGCGGGGUAAACCUACUCCGACCCCACGUAGCUUCGCUAUAACAAGACCGACCCCAAAACAAGACCGCGCUCCGGCCCGUGCCGGUGCCCCAACCCCACAAGCUCCAAAUAAAAAAACCCUUAAAAACAGGAAAAAAAAGAGCAAAAGGAAAUUGAUGAAGAAAGCGCGAAGGGAGGCCUUAGAGAACGCUGCUCCCUCAUCGGUUCCCGCAAUACCUGCCAUAGACAUGGAGGUUGACAUCAACCCCACUACCGACCACAUAAUCGAUGAUCAACAACCUGGACCAUCUUCAUUGCCCCAGGCCCAACCGGCCACUUCAGGCAUACAGCCCCCAUUACCACCCCGCCCGCAGAGGGAGCGGCGCAGCGGCCGACAGGACACGCAGCCUGCCGGCUUCGCUGCCUGGCUCCUCUCCCUGUGGGAGAAACUGUCCGAGAGAUACGCCAGCGCUGACUUGACGCCUUCUGGGCUCUUCAGUGACAGCGAGGCGGCUGGCUCGAAAGAGACAACCGCCAAAAAGAUAAGGCGGAAAAGGAAACCCCAGCGAGUUUCCUCACGCGAGGGGGGAGGGGAGCCAGCGUCAUCCUCUGGCGCAGAUGCCCCGCCGGAGAAGGUACUGGUAGUCUCCGAUGCGGCCUCUGCUGCGGAGGACAUGCCGCCACCUAAAGAAAGACCCGCCCGGAGGAGGGGCGCGCCGUCACCGGCGCAGUCAUCGGCGUCGAUGUCUGUCGCCUCACUGGACGGGCGAACGACAGAGGAGGAAGAUGGCGGCCUUCAAGAUCCUGCCUUGGUCAUAGACAGGGCCAUGAGGACCGUCAAGUCAUAUGCGGCCAACGGCACUAAGACCAAAGCCGCUGGCCGUAAGCUGCGAGAGGUGGUCUCGCAGGUCUCGAAGCAGCCUGGUGAUGGGGCUGCUGCUUCGAGGAGGGCAGCGGCGUCGACGCCGUCGCCCGCGUUGCCCCGGGCCACUGGGUUGCGGACUCCUCCGGCUCCUGUACCGGCAGCGACGUCAUGUAUCGCCGGGGCCCCUCGGAGUCACCGUUCUCCGGCGCUGACUGGCGAUGGGUGGCCUGUGCUGCCGCCACCGCGCGCGGCUGAGCAGGGUCCACGUCUCCCGUCACCGCGCACUAGAGAGAUGACCGUUACCAAGCGGCAGCAGGCACUCGUGGGGCCACGGGAGCUAGCUGGAAAGUUCAGCCUGAACGAGGUCAUCAGUCGCACUGUCCAGGUUGUACUAGAAAGGCUGGACGGCAGGCUGGCGGCCCUCGAGGCGCAGCUCAUUGCUCCGGCUGACGCUCGGCGACCGGCAUAUGCCGCGGUGUCGGGUACUCCAGCCGCUCGCCCCGCCCCCGUACGGGCUCCAGCUACUAAGUUGGGCCCGGGACGGGAUAGAACCAAACGGGGGGGCGGUGCCAACUCGAAACGACCAUCGCAAGCACCCCAGCCCCGUCCGCUGUCUCCGCCUUCGUCUAACAUGGACGAGGGGUGGAACGUGGUGGCCCGGCGGGGUAACAAGAAGGCCCCAUUGACAGCUCCACAACCUGGACACAAGGCGGCCGUGUGCUUGGCUGCGCCGCAUUGUUCACUAUGCGCGGCGGCCGGACGCAAGGCUGAUCACCGGACCGGGGGCAAGGCAUGCCCCCCGGCCGGCAAAAAUGCAAUUCGAAAUUGGCGCCGCCAAGCUAAGCGGCGCCAAAAGAAGCGGUCGGCCGGGGGAGCACCGGCUGACACUUUGGCCCCCGCUGAGGCGUUCGAGCCCGAUAGCGGGGACAAUAGAGAUUCUUCCUGUAUCAUAGCGCUCAGGAAGCAUUGUGGAGGUUAA